CGCCUUCCUUUUACCGCUCCUCGGGAUGGCGCUCGCCGGUGACGUCCUGGAUGUGAUGGCCGCCGCGAGGCCAGGAAGGUGAAGGUGGAACAGGUGGAGUCAGCACCAUCUACAGCCAAGCUUGACCUGAGACAGCAGAGGAGAACUCGGAUUUAAAAAAAAUUUUUUGACUCCAGCCAUGUUCAUGAUGCCCACCCUGUGAAAGUCUCUUACCAUCCAGAGACUUCUCCUCUGUUCCAGUUGUGCCAGCAGACGAUCCGUGGAUGCAUUUUAUUUUCCCUGCUAGGAGUUGCUGUACAUACAACUGGCGCGAUGUCCCUGCUCUUCUCUCGAUGCAACCCCAUUGUCACGGUCAAGAAGGAUAAGAGACACAUGGCUGAGGUGAAUGCAUCCCCUCUCAAGCACUUUGUCACUGCCAAGAAGAAGAUCAAUGGCAUCUUUGAGCAGCUGGGGGCCUACAUCCAGGAAAGCGCCACCUUCCUUGAAGACACCUACAGGAAUGCUGAGCUGGACCCUGUCACAACGGAAGAGCAGGUUCUGGACGUCAAAGGCUACCUGUCCAAAGUGAGGGGCAUCAGUGAGGUGCUGGCCCGGCGUCACAUGAAGGUGGCCUUUUUUGGCCGGACGAGCAACGGGAAGAGCACCGUGAUCAACGCCAUGCUGUGGGACAAGGUUCUGCCCUCGGGGAUCGGCCACACCACCAAUUGCUUCCUGCGGGUGGAGGGCACCGACGGCCACGAGGCCUUCCUGCUCACUGAGGGCUCGGAGGAGAAGAGGAGCGUCAAGACUGUGAACCAGCUGGCCCAUGCCCUGCACCAGGAUGAGCAGCUACACGCUGGCAGCCUGGUGAGCGUGAUGUGGCCCAACUCCAAGUGCCCGCUGCUGAAGGAUGACCUGGUGCUGAUGGACAGCCCCGGGAUUGAUGUCACCACCGAACUGGACAGCUGGAUCGACAGGUUCUGCCUGGACGCUGAUGUGUUCGUGCUGGUAGCCAACUCGGAGUCCACCCUGAUGCAGACGGAGAAGCAGUUCUUCCAUAAGGUGAGCGAGCGGCUGUCCCGCCCGAACAUCUUCAUCCUGAACAACCGGUGGGACGCAUCCGCCUCAGAGCCUGAGUACAUGGAGGAGGUGCGGCGGCAGCACAUGGAGCGUUGUACUAGCUUCCUGGUGGAUGAGCUGGACGUGGUGGAUCGAGCCCAGGCCGGGGACCGCAUCUUCUUUGUGUCUGCCAAGGAGGUGCUUAAUGCCAGGAUCCAGAAAGCCCAGGGCAUGCCGGAAGGAGGGGGCGCUCUUGCAGAAGGCUUUCAAGUGAGGAUGUUUGAGUUUCAGAAUUUUGAGCGGAGAUUUGAGGAGUGCAUCUCACAGUCUGCAGUGAAGACCAAAUUUGAGCAGCACACGGUACGGGCCAAGCAGAUCGCGGAGGCCGUUCGCAUUGUCAUGGACUCCCUGCACAUCGCAGCUCAGGAGCAGCGGGUCUACUGCCUGGAGAUGCGUGAAGAGCGGCAGGACCGGCUGCGGUUUAUUGACAAACAGCUGGAGCUUUUGGCUCAGGACUACAAACUGCGGAUUAAGCAGAUCACAGAGGAAGUAGAAAGGCAGGUGUCCACUGCGAUGGCUGAGGAGAUCAGGCGCCUCUCUGUGCUGGUGGAUGAGUACCAGAUGGAUUUCCACCCCUCUCCAGUUGUCCUUAAGGUCUACAAGAAUGAACUGCACCGCCACAUAGAGGAAGGGCUAGGCAGAAACAUGUCCGACCGCUGUUCCACGGCCAUCGCCAGCUCCCUGCAGACCAUGCAGCAGGACAUGAUCGAUGGCUUGAAGCCCCUCCUUCCUGUGUCUGUGCGGAAUCAGAUAGACAUGUUGGUCCCUCGCCAGUGCUUCUCCCUCAGCUACGACCUCAACUGUGACAAGCUGUGUGCUGACUUUCAAGAGGACAUCGAGUUCCAUUUCUCUCUGGGAUGGACCAUGCUGGUGAAUAGGUUCCUGGGCCCUAAGAACAGUCGUCGGGCCUUGAUGGGCUACACUGACCAGGUGCCACGCCCUGUCCCGCUGACACCCGCCAACCCUAGCAUGCCGCCCCUGCCGCAGGGUUCGCUCACCCAGGAGGAGCUCAUGGUCUCCAUGGUCACCGGCCUGGCCUCUCUGACCUCCAGGACCUCCAUGGGCAUCCUCGUGGUUGGCGGCGUGGUGUGGAAGGCAGUGGGCUGGCGGCUCAUCGCCCUCUCCUUCGGGCUCUAUGGCCUCCUCUACGUGUACGAGCGUCUGACCUGGACCACCAAGGCCAAGGAGAGGGCCUUCAAGCGGCAGUUUGUGGAGUAUGCCAGCGAGAAGCUGCAGCUCAUCAUCAGCUACACGGGCUCCAACUGCAGCCACCAAGUCCAGCAGGAGCUGUCUGGGACCUUUGCACAUCUCUGCCAGCAAGUGGACGUCACCCGGGAGAACCUGGAGCAGGAAAUUGCCACCAUGAACAAGAAAAUUGAGGUUCUUGAUUCCCUUCAGAGCAAAGCGAAACUGCUCAGGAAUAAGGCCGGUUGGCUGGACAGCGAGCUCAACAUGUUCACGCACCAGUACCUGCAGCCCAGCAGAUAGUGGACAGCGGGUGGACCUCUGCGGAGGAGGGCGGUGUCGCCUGCCCUCGGUGAUGUGGCCCCCACUGUCUCGUGCCGUUCGAGCCCUUCGUCACUAAGCCCCGUCCCCCCGCCCCAGAGGAGGCUUCAGCGAUGGCCCGACAGCAGGGUACUGGGAGCCCUGCCAGGCCUUUCUCUGCUCAUCUGUCUGCUUGCAGAGGUCUCGUGAUCGACUGCCCCCUGCCUUAGGGUACCGGGUGGACGAUCCAGCCCCACACCCUGCCCCCCGCACCCUAGCGUACCCACAGAGCAGCCACGUUCCCAGUGGCUGGGUCCCCUCCCUGGAGCAUCUGAAGUAGUCGCAGAAAGGCCGAGUCUGCAGACCUGUGUUGCAGUGGCGAGGGCUGCUCUGGCCAGGUGGGUAAAGGAUGUAGAAGAAGGAAGGCAGAAGGUGGAGGCAUCAGCCCUGCUCCAGAUGGCUGAAGAAUGUGGUUGGCGCGGAGCAGGGCCCCCAUUUGACCUUGCUCCCCCACCCCACUAGCUGACCCAAGCCACCCUGGGCCUCUGGACGGUUUCCCGUGCCAAUGAUCCACACCAGCCAGAGCCAUGGUGGGAAACUGGACCCCUUCCUCCUGCUCUCUUGGACCCCAGAGCUUCCUCCACAUAUCUGGCCUUGUGUUGACUUCAAGAACUGCUUCCUGUUACUGAGUUUCAGGAUGGUUACUGGUCAGAGUGGGGGAGGUUCCUGUCACCGUGGUGUUUGUGCCACUGGCAAAGAGCAGGGCCUAGGCAGGAUGUUCUAGAAAUAAGCACCUGUCUCCCAGGAGGAAGCCCAGGGCGGGGCUCAGCAGAGGAGCUGGUCCUGCUGGGUUUGAAUCCAGCAGUCACCUGUCUGGGGAAACGUGGGUGGCCAUGCGAGGCCGCCUUUGAGUACUCCUUGUGUCCCGUGUGAGAGAGUGGUCGGCUAGGCUAGGGGUGUCAUGUAAUGGGAGGACGGGGGUCACCUCACAGCUGUCAGGAAAAAUCAGUCACCCAAUCCAAGUUUUGGAAAAAAAAAAUAAUGAAUUUUUUUCAGUAUAGCCCCUGGGGAAUGAAUGAAAUUUUGAGCUUCUGGUAGAACAAGUAAAAUUAAAUUUGUACCACCGAGAGAGAGACCUUUUCUGAAAGAAGCGUGGCAGAAAGCACUUUAAUUGAAUGCUGCUACCUCUGUUCUGUUCAUGUUCGUUUGCUGGAGUGCAAGACAUGCUUGACAGUUUCUCCCUGACGUAUUUAAGGUGAUGUCCCUGCCUGAUUUACUCCUGUACCCUUGCUGAUAAUAUUGGAAACUAAAAUAAAGCCGGUUGGAACCAUGUGA